AUGGGUCGGGACACGAAGCGCGACUCUGCCCUAGACAGCUCGGGGAACUUGCUACUUGUUGCUGCCCCCGUAACAGGAUCAAGAAGCGGCAAAAGUUACCAACUCCUGCCUGAGCUUAUCUUAUCGAUAGCCUGCUGGCUAUUACGCAUUAAUGCCGACCCCGUGGCUAGCAGUGUCGAUGCUUCAUAUUACCCAGUGAAUCGCACACCUCACACCUGCACGCUGGGAUCUGCCAACACACCUGCGCUACAUCUUCGGCCUCCCAACUUCCUAAACAACUUCCUCCACAGAUUUUCAAGCAACCACAUAUGUCGACCAUAUGGAGUAUUCACGUGUGGUCUUAUGAAUGACAAUUCUAUUCCAUCACAGAUGCGAGGGAAGACUUUGAAGUCUUUGGGAGUUGUGGCUUUAAAUAUUGUAUUUUAA